UUGAAUUCUGAUUCUGGUAUUCUAUUUCACACGUGCUUUACGUAUUUUGUAUAUUUUACACAAAUAAUUUUAUAAUAAAACAAAAAUGGAAGAACAAAAAAAAAGAGUAGAAGAUAAUAUGACGAAAAUAGUUGAGGAAAUUGAUAAAACUUAUUUACGAAAAAUGCAGAGAGAUAUGCACAAGUGUGCUGCACAAUGUUGUGAAAAUGAAACAUAUAGCAUACAAAAAGUUCAUAACUGUGUAGAGAAUUGUAGUUCUUCUUUAAAUAAAGCGCAACAAUAUGUUCAAGGAGAGUUUGAAAGAGUACAGAAUCGUUUGCAAAGAUGUAUAAUGGAAUGCAAUGAUAAUAUAAAAGACAAAGUGGGACCAAAUCCUACACAAAUUGAAAUGGAUAAAUAUAGUGAAGAGUUUGAAAAAUGUGCCAUUACGUGUGUGGACUCUUAUUGCAAAUUAUUACCCUCCUUAGAAAAGACUAUGAAGAAGGUGCUCAGUAAAAACGAGUUCGUUUAGUUUGUAAUUGAAAAAUAUAUAUUUCAUACAUUAUCUUAUUUCAUGUUUAACAUUCUUAAUUAAUAAUGUGUUUAUGUCUAGCAACAUAAGAAAACAUUUGUUUUUUAGAAAAUAAUUGUGUGUGCGUGCAAUAACUUUUAAAUUUACUAUUCCACACACACACAC